AUGAAAGGAGCAAUAGUACUGUUAGUAACGUGCCUAAUCAGCGCAACAUUCGGUAAUCCGAUGGAUAAAAUCGAGAAAAUCGGAGUAAUUGAGCACCACCAGCAGCAGCAGACUGUGACCUUGACCGAGCGUGCCAAGUACGAGGAAGAGUUGAUGCGUAAAUUGAAUAACAAGUGCUCGCAAAAUGACAUAAGCAGUUGUGUAAUGCUAAAGCUGGUCACUUACAUGAACAAGUUGCUCAAAAAAGCCUCCAUCGAGCUGACAGACGAUAUCGAAAUCCGAAAAACUAGCCAAGCAACUGAAGAAGUCAUCACCUACGAAGCAGGACGCAGCAGUGAUGACGAUUCCGAAUUCAUGGACCUCGUAACUGGAAAAAUCUACGCGUUCAUCAAGUCCCGGAGCAUCAAAUGGCGAGUGUUACCUGAGGACGAUGUCGUAGUUUCUGCCUCUGAAGACGAGACCGGAUCUUUCAACCUGGGACUGUCUUUAGAAAGAGCCGACAACUCUGUGAUUGAUGGCCGCGGGAAAAAGGGCAACAACAUGGGACCUCUUCUAGCAGCAGCAGUUCUCAAAAUUGGGCUGAUCGGGGCCCUAGCCUUCAAAGGGUUAGCUUUGUUAGUGGGCAAAGCUCUGCUCCUUUCGAAGAUCGCGCUUCUUUUAGCGAGUAUCAUCGGUUUGAAGAAGCUCUUUUCACACCAGAAACACGUUACUUACGAGGUUGUGGCGCAUCCACAUCACUCCGCCAGUCACUCCUUCAGCGAAGGCCAUGGCGGCCAUGACAGUUACUCUUCUGGUUGGGCGAGAAACUUCCACGGGCAAGUCUUACCCACAGAGCAGAGGUCAGCGCAGGAAUUGGCCUACUCUGCUCACAUUCCUGCUGCUGCCCAGCAAUCGGUAAAUUAG